AUGGAUUCACCAAAGAUUGUGUACAAAUAUUAUUCUAAUCCCGCUUUCUGCUCACAAAGUGAAGUGAUUUUCGCGAAAAAAUCAUGUUUAACGAAAGUCGUGUCGCCGGAUCGAAGGAUGCCUCCACUUGGCGCGAAUUCGCCAAGGAAAAUGGAAUGCAAUAGGAUAAUGCGGACGGAUAUAUCCGAUAACCCACUAAGAAUCCCAAGUAGACGAGACGAGCCACCGGAAUUGCCGCCAAAACCGCCGAAAUACCAGAGACAAUUCCAGAGGCAAACGUCCCUUAUCGUCAAGCCGUCACGCUCCAUCGUACGAUGCAGGACAAGGAGUGAAGACUUAGAAAUGGCGCAAUUUAGACAGAGUAGACAUGAUAGGAGUGACAAUAUAGAAGAAAGAAUGAAACACAGGUAUGAAGUGAUUGAUAUGGAUGAUACCAUUGACUAUUCUCCAACGAAGAAGAGAAUCGUGGAAGCAGAUGAAUGUGACGUUGAGGAGUAUAACGUUGACGGUCCAGAUGAGAACGAAAUGAAGGAGAUACCAACGGAAAUCGUGAAGACUGUCAACGGUAAAACGCUAAGAUAUGCCAUCGUUCCAUCCGAUGAUGAAGAAAGGAAGAACGUGACAUUCUCAGCAACAUCUCCGAUCAUGUCCAAAAGCAGUCUCAUCGCUACUCAGAAGUUACACGAGCUGCUGUCAACGCCAAGAAAACUGAAGAGCUACGCCAGUCAGCCAUCUGUUAGGAUAACGCCGAAUAAAUCAGAAAUAUCCAGAUACCCGGGGACUCCAAUGAAGAUGAUAUCCAGCACACCAACGCAGGUUACUCCAUCGAAAUCCUGUGCGAAUUUGACAUUGACACGAUCUGCAACAUCACCGAUUUCACCGAAAGCGUUGCAGAAGCUGAACUACGGGUUACCUGAAAGGGAAGGCUUACCGGACAGAGACGUCUUCGUUACCAGUUUCAAAAGGGAACGUAGCUUUGACCUUGACAGACGAGAUGUGAGGAAUAAGAGUGACAGACGAAUCGAGACACAGAAAAGGGAUAAAAACACAGCUGUCAUUAUACCGAGGGUGGCGCCACAAUCGCCGUCAGUUUAUUCGGAAGAUACGUAUAAAUCGUUUUCAAGUGUCAAAAGCGCGACAGGACCGACUACUUCGCUGACCAUUGCCGCUUUAAUAUUAACAUUAUGCGGCGGUCUAACAUCUGGGCUGAGUUUCUAUAUGAUGUAUAGUAUGGGUCGUCGUUACUACUUAGAUUUUUGCGUGCUGUCCGGGUUCACAUGCUUCCUGCUAGGGCUCCUAGGUCUGAGGUCUAGGCGACACCAUUUAUUGCCGAAUAGAAACUACAUAUCAGGUUACAUAGUUCUCUCGUCAUUCUCCCUGCUGAGCGCAUUCGGACUCCUCAUCUUGCUCUCGAUUCAACCGAAGCCAGGGACAGCGCUUAAUGAUAUAACAUCGGGAGCAGUUUGCAGCGUCAGUGUACUGUCCUUAUGCCUGGCUACAGUUGGUAUUUUGGUGUCAUACUGCUGCGCGAGAGACCCACCAGAUAACAGGGUUGGAACAGCUAGAUGGUAUUAG